ACGCGCGGCUGCGGCGUGACGACUGUGGCAGAGAAGGCCCGAGGGGCUCUGCGUUCUGGAGUGGCGCUGCUUGGUCGGUGGCAGGUUGCAGGCUGCUGGUGUCGCGGCUGAGGAGAACAGCGAGUCGGUUUGGCAUUUCCGUCGGGGGUCCCCGCAACGAUGAGUGCCGCCAGGGAGUCCCAUCCGCACGGGGUGAAGCGUUCAGCCUCCCCAGACGACGAUCUUGGAUCUAGCAAUUGGGAGGCAGCAGACUUAGGUAAUGAAGAAAGAAAACAAAAGUUCUUGAGACUUAUGGGCGCAGGAAAGAAAGAACAUACUGGUCGUCUUGUUAUAGGAGAUCACAAAUCAACAUCUCACUUCCGAACAGGGGAAGAAGACAAGAAAAUUAAUGAAGAACUGGAGUCUCAAUAUCAGCAAAGUAUGGACAGUAAAUUGUCAGGAAGAUAUCGAAGACAUUGUGGACUUGGCUUCAGUGAGGUAGAAGAUCAUGAUGGAGAAGGUGAUGUAGCUGGAGAUGAUGAUGAUGAUGAUGAUUCACCUGAUCCUGAAAGUCCAGAUGACUCUGACAGUGAUUCAGAGUCAGAGAAAGAAGAAUCUGCUGAAGAACUCCAGGCUACUGAGCACCCUGAUGAAGUGGAGGAUCCCAAAAACAAAAAAGAUGCAAAAAGCAACUAUAAAAUGAUGUUUGUUAAAUCCAGUGGUUCAUAACUCCCAAACACUUAGUCUUUGUAUUAAAAGUAAGCCUUAUUGUUAUAAUGCACAGUGGAGGACUGCUUAUAGAGCACAGACCUUUGUAUUAUAAUUUUUAAAAAGGCCCUUUUAAGUCAUUACAAAGAGUGUUUGCUUUCAGAUGCCAUGGGUUACACUUUUAUGGGCAUGACUAAAUCAAUUUUGUAAAGAGUAAGAGUUGUAUAAAAUAAGAAAUAAAUACAAUACUCAAUUUCCUUUCAUAUUAGCAUCAUCAAACCUCUAAUCUCACCUUUUUACCCCUUCAAAUAGUUAUGAGGGAGACACUAUUUUUUGUUCAUGGUAGCUGUCUUUUUUGUGUGUUCAUAUUUUUCUCAUAAAACGUUUAUCUGUACUGUGAUGUGUUCAUGAAAAAAUUAUUUUAUUAUACUUUGUUAUAGUAGAACUAUUCAUCAUGGAUAUUUCUGCUGCCAAUAGCAAUCUAAAUUAAUGUUGGCAAACAGUUAGGUACUUAGUUUACUCUUACUGAUUCAGCUCUAUUCUUUUGGACCAAAGCAACAUGAGAGCAAAUACUUUUCACACCUGUUAGAAUGGAGUUACAACUGUAAUACAUUUAGAAUACUAUGAUCCCAAGCAGUCUUCAUAUAAUUUGAAUUACAUUGAAUGUUAGAUUUUUUUAAACAAUAUUUGACAAAGUUUUACAGAGGAAAUUAUUUCUGUGAUCAUUUGGUCCUAUCUCUUUAGGAAUAUGUAAGCUUUUUUUGUUGUUUUUGGUUUUUUUAGGUACUAUGUGACCAAAGUUAAUUUUCUUCCUAAGGCCUAAAUAAAGAGAAAGCAAUUUCCCAUAUUUGGUUGUGAUACCUUUAUCCUCAUUAUCUAAAAUUGAGGAACAAGCUUAUAGAACAAGAAGCUGAAACAAAUUCUCUUUAUUUUAUCCCAGUGCUGUUGUUUUGAUUAAUUCCUAAAAAGUAGUAUUGCUUUC